CACUACUCAUAUACCACUAGACAGGUUCAGCCCUACAAAUGUCCGAUAUUAACUCGUCAAAUACUUCUUUUGCUCACCCCGGCGACGAAGAGAAAUUCGCCGAGGCUCCCUACACUGCAGACCCACGCCUGCCUAUUCUCUCGUGGGACAACCUCAACUAUGAUGUCAAGACCAAGGAUGGCGGAACCCGGCGGGUGUUGCACGAUAUCAGUGGCGCCAUCUACCCAGGCGAGCUGGUUGCCAUCAUGGGUGCCAGCGGCGCCGGCAAGACCACACUACUCAACAUCUUGUCAGGCCGUGUUCAAGGCGGCCGGCUGUAUGGCGACAUCAAGUUCAACGGAAACAAGCGCGACGCACACUCAUUCAAAAGACUGUUGGCAUUUGUCGAGCAAGACGACCUGAUGCAUGCUUCGCUGACCGUUGAGGAGACCCUGCUGGCUUCCGCACGACUGCGCCUGUCCGAUACCAAGUAUACUGAUGAGGACAAGAAGACACGGGUUGCUGAGAUCCUCCGGCAGCUGCGCUUGACCCAUGUGAAGGAUACGCCUAUUGGCGGGCACUUCGAGCGCGGUGUCAGUGGCGGUGAGCGCAAGCGUGCCAGCAUUGGUGUAGAGUUGGUCACAGAUCCAGCUAUUCUUAUGCUUGACGAGCCAUCGUCUGGCCUAGACUCGACGUCGGCUGAAAUGGUCGUUGCGCUGUCGAAGGAGAUGUCGCGCAAGCGCAAUCUUGGCACACUCAUGACUAUCCACCAGCCGAGCACCGAGAUGGUGGGCAUGUUUGACAAGCUGAUUCUGCUCUCUCAGGGCAAGCUCGUUUACAUGGGGCCUGCAAAGGACGCUGUCCAGUACUUUACACAGCUCGGACAUCCAAGCACUAACCCGAACCCCGCAAACUUCUUCAUUGACCUGAUGUCAAUUGACUUUGCCUCCGACGAGGCAAUGCAGGCGAGCGAGCUGCGCGUGCAGAAGCUAGUAGAUGCGUUUGCCGAGUUCCGGGCUUCUGGUGAGAAGCUCCAUUGGCCUACAAACAAGAAUAUUACUGGCUCAGGUCACGACACGCCAGUGAAUGGGAGCCAGGACAUUUCAGAGCGCUUUAAUGCCCUGAAGCCCGACAUUUCCGACGAGCAGGCAUCUUUGGUUGUCACCGAGCCGCUGCCCAUGAACAGGUGGAUCCGCGAGACAUGGGUGCUGUUUGAACGCGACUGGAAGCUCCAGCUGCGCAACAGCGGACUUGUCAACGGCCUGGUGGCUCAGAGUCUCAUUUCCAUGCUGUUCAUUGGUUUCGUGUUCUUCAAGCUCGGCAAUUCGGAGGAGUCAGUGCAGAACCGUAUUGGUGCUCUGUUUGCAAUGGUUCUUCUGUCGGUCUUCCCAGUAGCUAUCCCCGUAAUGACCAUGGUGUUGUCAGGUCGGGCAGUGCUGCUGCGUGAGCGGUCGGGCGGCGCAUAUCGGAUGUCGAGCUACUUUGUGUCUCGGGUGCUGAGCAUCAUUCCGCUGGUGUUUGUGCCCUACUUUAUCAUGUAUAUCGGGAUUUACUUCCUGGUGAAGUUCCAGGUGGACGCAGGCAAGUUCUUCAUUGGGCUGGCAAUCUUUGUGUCCAUCCUGCUCGCUUCCUUGGCGUUUGCCUUCGUAGUGGCAAUGCUGGUGAAUUCGAUGGAGGUCGCGCACAUCAUCACACCGCUAACGCUGGCCAUGCUAAUGCUGUUUGCUGGCAACAUGGCCAACGCGCACAGCAUCACGCCAGUGCUGCGCUGGAUCAAGUACAUCUGCAUGAUGUACUAUUCGUACUCAGCAUUUGUGCAGAACGAGUUCAGCGGGCUGACCUUCAACUGCAAGGAGGACUCAGUGUCGUGCUACCGCACUGGCGAAGAGGUGAUUGCUGGGUACAGCCUCGGAAACGAGACCAUUGCAGAGUGCAUUGUCAUCAACCUGGCACUGGCGGUUGGCAUGUAUGCCGCUGCUUAUAUGCUGCUGAGGUGGAAGAUCAAGCCCAGGUAUCUGUUUGUUUAAGGGCACAUUAAUUUUGUUAAUAACAACUGACUUUUGAAU